AAACCCUCUUUCAAUAGAACCCUAACAAUCGGGUUUUAUUAUUAAGCUGAAAAAAAACCCCGAAUCCACAUCGAACCCACGAAACCCUAGAUCCACACACACUCUUCAGAUCAAGAUGGUGUCCGACGCGAGCAAGAAGAAGGCAGCGCAAAAGAAGGCGGCGGCGGCAGCGAAGAGAGGCGGGAAGGCAUCUGCGUCUUCUAAAGCUGCUGCUGCUGCGACGGCGGCGGCUGAUAAUGGAAGUGUAGACAAGUUAUCGAAUGGAAUAGGGGCUAUGCAGAUUUCAGAUCGAACUUGUACCGGUGUUUUAUGCUCACAUCCUCUCUCUAGAGAUAUUCGUCUUGGUGCUACCUAGACCAGUGACUAGGCGAGCGGCUCGGUCCUGUCACCAGAGCAUUCUGACACCUCUUGAUGCCACAUUUAAUUAGUAGAAACUUUCCUUGUGAAUAUAAGCAAUUGUUCGUCCUUGUGGGCACUCCUUGGAGGGAGAUUGAGUCUUUAUCAGUGACUUUUCAUGGACAUGAUCUCAUUGUUGAUUCUGUGCUUGAGCUCAACUAUGGCAGACGAUAUGGAUUACUUGGUUUAAAUGGAUGCGGAAAGUCAACACUGUUAACUGCAAUUGGUUGCCGUGAGCUUCCAAUUCCAGACCACAUGGAUAUUUAUCACCUCACCAGAGAAAUUGAAGCUUCUGACAUGUCUUCACUUCAGGCUGUUAUUAGCUGUGAUGAGGAGAGGUUGAAAUUGGAGAAGGAAGUUGAGAUUUUGGCAGCUCAGGAUGAUGGAGGUGGAGAGUCUCUUGAACGUAUUUAUGAGCGUUUGGAAGCUAUAGAUGCAUCCACUGCAGAAAAACGUGCUGCUGAGAUCUUGUUUGGUCUUGGUUUUAGCAAGCAGAUGCAGGCAAAAAAAACUCGUGAUUUUUCUGGUGGAUGGAGGAUGAGGAUUGCAUUAGCUAGGGCUCUGUUCAUGAACCCUACUAUCCUCUUGCUUGAUGAACCUACCAAUCAUCUUGAUUUGGAAGCCUGUGUCUGGUUGGAGGAAACUCUGAAGAAAUUUGAACGCAUUUUAGUGGUGGUGUCGCAUUCUCAGGAUUUUUUGAAUGGUGUCUGCACGAAUAUUAUACACAUGCAAAACAAGACAUUGAAGAUCUACACUGGAAAUUAUGAUCAAUAUGUUCAGACUCGUUCUGAACUGGAGGAAAAUCAGAUGAAACAAUACAAGUGGGAGCAGGAGCAGAUUGCUUCAAUGAAGGAGUACAUUGCCAGAUUUGGACAUGGUUCAGCAAAGUUGGCUCGUCAAGCACAGAGCAAGGAGAAAACCCUUGCAAAGAUGGAGCGGGGUGGGCUUACGGAGAAGGUAGUUAGAGACAAGGUGCUAGUCUUCCGUUUUGUUGAUGUUGGAAAGCUCCCACCACCAGUGCUUCAGUUUGUGGAAGUUGCAUUUGGCUACACUCCUGAGAAUAUCCUCUACAGAAACCUUGAUUUUGGGGUAGAUUUGGACUCUAGGAUUGCUUUGGUGGGGCCCAAUGGUGCUGGAAAGAGCACACUGCUGAAGCUCAUGACAGGGGAUUUGGUUCCUGUUGAUGGCAUGGUUCGGCGACACAAUCAUUUGAGGAUUGCUCAGUUUCAUCAGCACUUGGCUGAGAAACUUGACUUAGACAUGUCUGCCCUACAUUUUAUGAUCAGAGAGUAUCCAGGGAAUGAGGAAGAAAAGAUGAGAGCAGCAAUUGGGAAGUUUGGCUUAACCGGCAAAGCCCAGGUGAUGCCCAUGAAGAAUUUGUCCGACGGUCAGAGGAGCCGGGUCAUUUUUGCUUGGUUGGCUUAUAGGCAGCCCCACAUGCUGCUGUUGGAUGAACCAACGAACCAUUUAGAUAUUGAGACAAUCGACUCGCUGGCUGAGGCAUUGAAUGAAUGGGAUGGGGGUUUGGUUCUAGUUAGCCAUGAUUUCAGGCUUAUAAAUCAGGUAGCAGAAGAGAUAUGGGUGUGUGAAAAUCAAGGUGUAACCCGAUGGGAAGGCGACAUCAUGGACUUCAAGGAACACCUCAAGAGAAAGGCUGGAUUAUCUGAUUAAAUCAGAUGAGAGGAUUGAUGCAAAGAUUAUUAUUAUUUUACGAUCAUCGUGCUGCCUUUGCCUAUGGUUGUGAAUUAUAGUACUCUCUCUGAGUCAGAACAUAAGGCAGGCGACAGCGUCAUCCAUAUGAUGUUAGCCUGGGGAGAAUUAAGAAAAAGACGAAAGAGAGCAGAGAUGGGGUAACAGAAAGAAAGGCUUGGUUAUUGUUUCAGCUGAAUGGUACCCUGCCAGGUAUUAGGUAAUAUUUUUGUCUUGUUUUUUCUUUAUUAUUUAUGUUUACGCAUUCUUAUCAUUAUUAUAUACAAUGAUUUGAUACGAACAUCUAAUCUGUGUGCUUUGUUAUAUUCGAGUAUAUGUUGUACUUUGAGAACUCAAGGGGCAGGCCUAAAUUCUUAUGUAUUACAUUUGGUUCUAA